GGCACACAUCGCACAGCUGGUCGCCCGGCAGAAGGAUGUGAAGAAGACCGGCUGCUCUAAAUUAUUAAAAUUCCGAAUGAGAACGAGGACUUCCCAUCUAUUUUCACAUAAUGUCAAACCUCGCUUGUCUCUGCGGCAACCGAGCAACAUGACUCAUCCCGGUCGAGGCUCUGUGACGAGUUUUUACUCUACCCAGCGGAAGCUUUACAGUACCGACCUGCCCUCUUCUAGGGCUCCAGCUUGGCAGAUGAACAGGAAAUCACCAGUGCCUGAGAAGACUUCGUUUGUACUCAACAAAAUCAAUACAAAUAUAAAGACUCCGCCCAAAAAGACCAGUGGGACACCAGCUCAGCAGAAGCCUGUGAACCGAGCUGAUGUUGAGCUGGUUCAGGGUCGAAUCAAACAGCUUUUGCAGAAAUACUACAGUGGAGUCUGGCUGUCUAAAAUCCCUCAGCUCUACAAGAACAUGUUCCAGGAAGAUCUUCACCUGCUUAAGGAAGUAGAGAAGUGGACACACAUUUGCACUGUUGAGAAGCCGCGCAGCAAUAAUAUAGUGGACCGUCUGGUGUAUCCUUUCUUGGAACCAGUCCCAAAAGCAAGCCCUGUGCCAGUUAAAUCACCAUGCAAGCAGUCUCCUAACACUGCCUCAUCAAAACAGCCAACACUUACUCAGAAAACUACCCGCACUUUCAGAACUCUUGCUAUUAACAUCCCUCAGUCAACCCCCAAAUCCCAGACACCCCUGAGUCCAACAUCACCUAACUCCACCAUGAUGGAGUUUACUCUCUCUGAAACCUCCAAAACUCAGCCCCCCUCGCCCAUCACCCCUCCCUCCACUCCACCAGCUCACCAGCCUCUGACUCCAGAGCUCAAGGAGAAGCUGCGGCAGCUGCUCAAUAAAUACAGCCAGGGCCUGUGGGCUCAUGCACUUCCUCAGCUUUUCCAGGAGGCCUUUGGCUGUGCAUUUCCACAAUAUGUCCUGGAGGAUCUGUCUCUGUUGGCAGAUACAUGUAUGGUUGAAUACCCGAUGCCAGACAAUCGAAAGAGAGCCAUACUCUACACACUGCCGUGCCAGGUGCAGACGCAGCCUCGUUCUCGCCCACCACCAUUGGUCCUACCCUGCACCAGCAACCCGCAUGUUCCUCCUCUCAUUAUACCGCCCACAGACUUUCACUCGGUUUUAGUGAUCGAGAUCAGCAGCACCAACAACGUUGUAGUCAGGUUUGCGGGCGAAGGCUACUCUAAAUCUCUAGAGAUGAUGGAAGAGGAGAUGCAAAACUUCUAUAACAAAAUUGGAGCAGGACUUUGUCUUCUUUCACCAAAAGUUGGACAGCUCGUGGCAGUAGCUAGUAGCGAUGGUGCUAUGCUGAGAGCUCAAGUCCACCAGCUCUCAGAGGACAAAGUUAAGGUUUACUUUUUGGAUCACGGCUUCUUUGAUUUGGUUAGCAGGAAGACGAUUUUCCAGCUGAGAGAUCAGUUCCUGACUCUUCCCUUCCAGGCAACCACAUGUCAGCUUGCAGGUCUGGAACCAUUCAGCACAAAUGUGGUCGUUCUGAAGACUCUGCAGUCAUUAGCUGUCGGUCGAUCGCUGCUGGCUGAGAUUGUGGAGCGAGAAGAUAUGCCACUUGUUGUGCUGUAUGACACUUCAGAGAACUAUGAUGUCAAUGUGACCGCUGUAUGCUUGAAGGCCCUGCAGGAUAAGUCCAUGGAGAAUCCUCUACAGGUGAACAGUGUAUAUGCAAACGUGUGUGUCACAAAUGUGUGCUCUGAUGGCAGUGUUUACUGUCAGUUGCCUUCUCGAGGCCAGGCCAAACUCAAAGACAUCAUGGACAAGAUUGAGGCACAUUUCAUCUCUCAGUUAACAUGGGAGCUGUUGGUGUCCAGACCGUUCUGCGGGAAAGUGUGUCUAGCCAAAUACAAAGGCAAAUGGGCAAGAGCAGAGAUCAUUAACCUUCAUGGCAGUCAGGUGUUAGACAUCCUGUUUUUGGAUCUGGGGAUUCCUGCUUCUCUGGAGGUUAGUGAGCUCAGAGAGAUCCCACCGAUCUUCCUCAAAGAGCUCAUCACCAUACCUCCUCAGGCUAUAAAGUGUCUCCUGGAGGAUCUGAAUGUGGACAGGGCUGUUUGGCCUCCUGAAGCUGUCCUGUGGUUGAGAGAGACUGUGCACAACAAAGCUCCCAGUUGCAUGAAGAUAGUGAAGCUUGACGAGACCAGAACUGUGCACAUUUACCUCUUCUGUGGCAAUGAGGCUCACGACCUUCACGACAGUGUAAACCGCCAGCUCGCCUCCUGUCCUUUCUGGAAGCAAGACGUCUACGCCAGCAAGAUCAACAAGGCUUCAGAACUGUUCUCACCUGAGGCAGGAGACACAUCCGAUUCAUCUCCUGCUCCAUCUAAUGCCCUCACACUGCCCCCUCAGUUGAACUUACCACUGGUUGGACAGAAUAUGGAUGUGUUUGUGUCUGUCGCAUGCCACCCCGGACACUUUGUGCUGCAACCAUGGCAGGAUCUGUACAAGCUGGUGGUGCUGAUGGGAGAGAUGGUUCUGUUUUACAAUAAACAGGAAGUCACCCCAGUCGAUAUCCAGAAGAAUAACGUCUAUGCUGCCAAGAUUGACAACAAUUGGCAUCGUGUUUUGGUUAAGGGGCUCCUGACCAAUGGCUUGGUGUCUGUGUAUGAACUUGAUUAUGGGAAGUACGAAUUGAUCAACUAUUCCCAGCUCCAGCCGCUCAUCGAGGAGUUCAGGCAGCUACCGUUCCAGGGCAUUUCUGCUCAGCUGGCUGAUGUCAAGCAAGAGGUCUGGUGUGAGGAAGCGUCCAUGGUGUUUCGUAACCAUGUGGAGAAAAAGCCUCUGGUGGCCCAGAUCGAGUCCAUUGAGGAGGGCGAGUGGCCCUGGGAGCGCAAAAUCUCAGUCUACCUAGUGGACACCACACAGGAGAGCAACGACAUCUGGAUCCACAACAUUAUGAAGGAGUUUUUAGAUGAGAUCAGCAGAGAUGCUUGAGACUCUCAGAACUGCACUUUCCCAGUACAUUUGCUGAAACCUUGAUCCACAAGACGUGUUUGGUGGACGCAUGUCAUGUUAGCUCAUUUUAUUUUUGUACGUUCCUGUUAUCAGUUGUCGUUCUGAGCGCUAUUGGCAAAGAGACUUUAUUUUUUGUCGUUAAUAAUAAUAUGUCAUUCCCAUAAUAAAUUGUUACCUGAACAUCUACCCUUACUGUCUUUGCAAUAGGGUCAUUUGUCUUAGUUUGGUUUGCUU